GGACAAUUUCUCUCUCCCUCUCUCUCUCUCUCCCUUCCCUCUCCUCCCUGGGAGCCACCUCCUAUUCUCCCAACUCUUAGAGCAUAACCUUCCAAGGGGAACAUCCCCCCCAGACUUUAGGAUCUUUUCUCCACGGAGGGAACACCUCAUAGCUGCAAGGCAUUUGCGAGGUCUGGGCAGGACUUCUUCGGGGAUUGGGUGAUCGCGCCGGGGACACUGAUCGCUGCUAACGCUCGGGCUCGGGACUCCCGGGUGCGGAAUCAGAGACCGGGAGGCAGCCUGGUGGAGGGAGGAAGGCUUUCAUCAGAGACUCUCCCCUGCACUUUGAACACAUUUGCUUGCUGUUUGCCGCAGGAUGCUGUCCAGGGAAGCAGCUCUUUUUCUGGGGAUGCAGCAGCAGUUCGCGGGUCUCUGAGCUCAUUGCAGGAGAGGAAAUCAUCUCCAAACAGAGUGGAGGUCUCCCCUUUGCCGGAUCCCACUGAGCUGGGUUGCUCCGCGGUCAAGAUCACCCGUCCACCAAAAUCUCCUGCGAGGAAGUAAAACAAAGUGCAUUCUAAUUGUUAUUUAUUCGUUUAUUGUUGAUUGUUUCUUAACCCGGUGGAGGCGGCGCGACCACGGAGAAUGAGACUGAGAGGGGCUGCCAGGGCUUGGAGGAGGAUAAAGCUGAGUUUAGGCUGGAAACUGAAAGACUAGAUUGUUGCUGGGCACCGCCGGCCCGGUUCCUCGCCACUUCCUCUAGUUGCGCUCCAUGGACAGAUCAACAAACCUGGACAUUGAGGAGCUCAAGAUGACACGAGAACAAUACAUACUAGCAACACAACAGAAUAACCUGCCAAAGGCUGAGAAUGCACACCUGUACCCUGUGGGCAUUUAUGGAUGGCGAAAGAGGUGCUUAUACUUCUUUGUCCUUCUGCUGUUGGUUACCAUGAUAGUUAACUUAGCCAUGACAAUUUGGAUAUUGAAAGUUAUGAAUUUCACUGUGGAUGGUAUGGGAAAUCUGAGAGUCACCAAGAAGGGAAUUCGACUUGAAGGUAUAUCUGAGUUUCUACUUCCAUUGUAUGUGAAAGAAAUUCAUUCCCGAAAGGAUAGUCCACUGGUCUUACAGUCUGACAGGAAUGUAACAGUGAAUGCAAGAAAUCACAUGGGGCAGUUAACUGGACAGCUGACAGUAGGAGCUGAUGCUGUGGAAGCUCAGUGUAAAAGAUUUGAAGUGAGAGCAAGCGAAGAUGGCAGGGUGCUGUUCUCUGCAGAUGAAGAUGAGAUUACCAUUGGGGCUGAAAAGCUGAAAGUUACAGGCACUGAAGGAGCAGUAUUCGGGCACUCAGUUGAGACACCUCACAUCAGAGCAGAACCUUCCCAAGACCUCAGGCUUGAAUCACCAACCAGGUCCUUGAUAAUGGAGGCUCCUCGAGGGGUCCAGGUGCGAGCUGCUGCAGGAGACUUCAAAGCCACCUGCAGGAAGGAGCUGCACUUGCAGUCUACAGAGGGGGAGAUAUUUUUGAAUGCGGACACCAUUCGGCUGGGAAACCUGCCCACCGGCUCUUUCUCGUCUUCGCCCAGCUCUCCCAACCCUCGACAGACAGUGUACGAACUGUGCGCCUGCCCCAACGGCAAACUCUACCUUUCUCCGGCAGGAGUGGGUUCCACCUGUCAGUUCAGCAGCAGCAUCUGCUUGUGGAACUGAAGUGACUGAUGCCUCCUCACACCAGAAUAGCCUUUGUUCCUGUCUGUCUGCUUCACGGUUCUGCUCGGUUUCCCUGGUGAUCAGUCCAGAGCUGCUUCCAAUGGUCCACGGAGCAACUUCUGACGGCGCCCGCAGGGAUUCGCCUCCACCUUCUCCUGUGAGUUCCUGUCCCGCUCAGCACAGAGGGUGUGCGUGGCAGGACAGCGGAAGCUCGUCUCCAGCAGGAAAACUGGAUCACACCUUUGGCUCAAAGGGAGAAUAACAUAGGUGCCUUUGCUACAUGAAGUGAAGCACACAGUUUUAGAUUUUUGCAGGACCUGGAUAUGAACUGCACAUACGUCCAUUACCUAGAUGAAAUUCCCAGUGUCCAAUGGCAAGAGGAAAUGGUUAACCCUGUGAGAAAACUAACACGACAGUCUGAAAGCACAAUUUUCCAUUCAUCUUUUUAGAUGUACACUCCCCGCCCCCCAGAGAAUUUUAAAA